UUGAUUGGAACGGAUUGGUUCGCUAGAGUCUAAGUGCGAGAAGAUGGAUCGUAUCAGCAAUCUACCAGAUGAACUUAUUAGUCGAAUCGUGAGCUUUCUUGCUGCAAAGGAUGCUGCGUCUUUGUUGGUUCUCUCAAGAAGGUUUAGGAAUGUAUAUACCAUCAUACAAGAUCUUGUGUUCGACGACAGAGCUAAGUUUCAGGGGACUUUCACGGGUCUUGUGAGUGAAGCGUUGGCUCGGCUGGAAACUACUACGCGCAUUAGGAGAUUCUCUUUAAAAUCUGAAAGGGGUCUUGAUUCAGAUCGUAUCAACCACUGGCUACGUGAUGUGUUGAACAAUCGUGGUGUCAGGGAUCUUGAAAUGGAUAUAUAUUGCCUUUGGAGAUCUUCACUUGCAAGACACUCAAUAAGCUGAAACUAGGGCGGGAGAUUGUUAUCAGUUUGCUGCUUCAGAAUGCUUUGCUUCCAUCUCUUAAGACUCUCAUUUUUGAAUCAGUUCGGUUCUGUAAUCUUGAUGAUUGUGCGUUCCAGGCGUUUCUUUUGGCUUGCCCUGUGCUUAAGGAACUAACCAUCGAUGGUAUGUACUGGGAAACUUGGAAAUGGUCUGGCAUCGUGUCUAGUCGAAGUCUUCAAAGACUUACUAUUGGUCGUGAACUGAUAGAUUUUAAAGGGCCUGAUCCGCAGAACAUUACUUUUGAUACUCCGAGUCUUGCCUACUUAGACUACGGUGAUUUUGUCCCGGAUGGGUAUACAAUUGUUAAUUUCGAGUCCCUUGUGGAGGCCAGGCUCAAUCUUCUCGUGAUGGUAGAUCGCCGAUGGCGUGGUCAUUUUUCAGAAGAUGGUGAUAUCUUGUCUAGCAAUGCAACGAAUCUGAUUCAAGGGAUAAAACAUGUUCAGAUCCUGGAAUUAUCAUCUCCGUAUACUUUUGAGACGCUUUACUUAUUCCGUGAUGCAAUUCCGGUAUUCGAAAAGCUACAUCAUUUAACUAUGACACAUGAUGAUACGGGAUUUGGUUGGAGGUUUCUUCCCUUUCUGCUAAACAAGGCUCCUAAUUUGAAGACCCUUGUCAUCGAGGGUGGACUGCACUGUCUUGAACCUGACUAUGUUUGUAGGUGUUUGUCGGGAUAUUCUUGUCUGUUGUCAUGCUUCUAGAGGUCUUGGAGAUAACCUUAUUGGACAACGGAACCGUCGGUGAGUUGCAGCAAGUAAAACAUUUCUUAGGAAAACUUCCAUGUCUUCAAGUGCUGAAAGUUCAUUCUCAGAAAAGAAUAAGCGUCGAGGAAAAGUUAAGAAUCACCAGGGAUCUGCUAAUGCUCCCAAGAGCUUCUUCCAAGUGCAAGAUCCAGAUGAGCUUUACUUAAAAGCGUGAAGAACAGACUCUGGUCAUCCUAGUUGCAUUAGUCUCUUGGAACAUGAAUGGGACUGUGCGCAAUCUUGGUCUCUUUUAUCUCUAGUUUACUCUUUAUUAUCUUUUAUCUUGAUUCUCCUCGUCUACUAUCUAGGCAUGUUUUGAUUUGUAACUCAAAUUUUCUUCCAUGGGUUCUUCGUUGAUGGCUUAACUGAUCAUACGAACUUCACUUAUAAAGAAAAAAAAUGGAUGCUUUUUCCAUAAAUGUUUUA